ACCAAAUUCGGAUAGAAAAGGACCCUCUCAGUUGUUGAAAACGAAAGACGUCACUGUUCCUUAAUCUGUGUUUUCUUGACUCGCAGAGAAAUCAAAACGACAUUAAAGAAAGAGACUUCAUCAGAAAAAACAAAUAUCAAAUAACGUCUCCCUCUCAAAUUUCAGUCUAUACGACGUUGUCGUUUCAUUCACGUUCCUGUAUUCCAUUUUGUUGUUGAUUAAAAGUCGCGGGGUUUCCUUAUGAAGCAAAUCGAUUAGGGUUUUGGAAUUGCAGGUUAGUGAUGUCUCAUAGAUCACACGAAAGGGACAUAAGAGAGUCCGAGUUUUACGAGUAUGAAGAAAGGCAUUAUGAAGAUUUGAAGAAGGAAAGAAUUAGAGUGAGAGUUUCAGGUUCAGUUUACAAAUGCCCCUAUUGUCACGGGAGAGAUUACCAUCUCAGGGAGCUUCUCCAGCAUGCUUCUGAUCUUGGUAGAGGAUCAAGAAGAGGGACUCUAAAAGAGGAAGCUCAACACCUAGCUCUUGCAAGGUAUAUUCGGAGGCAUCUUGAUGUGAAGGAUAGAUCAGAGUCCUCCUCGAAAAGGUUCAAAACUGAACCUCCUGCCGUAUAUGACCAUAAUGAGGAGCAGCUAUUUGUGCACUCUGCCAAAAGGCCCAAAACUGAAUCUCUUGCUGAACAUGAUCAUGAUAAAGAGCAGUUGUUCAUCCCCUCUGCCAAAAGGCCCAAAACUGAAUGUCAUGCUGUGCAUGAUCAUGAUAAAGAGCAGCUGCUUGUUUGGCCCUGGAUGGGGGUUCUUGCCAAUAUACAAACCGAGAUGAAGGAUGGACGUCGUGUUGGGGAAAGUGGCUCAAAACUCAGGGAUGAAUUAGCUAGAAAAGGUUUUAAUCCUGUUAGGGUGCAUCCUUUAUGGGGCCGAUAUGGUCAUUCAGGAUUUGCCAUUGUAGAGUUCAAGAAAGACUGGGAUGGCUUCAGUAAUGCCAUUAUGUUUGAAAAGGAUUUUGAUUCGAAUCAUCGUGGAAAGAAGGAAUAUACUGAAACUCCAGUGAGGGAUCGAGGACAGAGGUUAUAUGGAUGGAUUGCCCAAGAGGAUGACUAUAAAGCCAGUGGUCUUGUAGGAGAUCAUCUCAGAAAGAAUGGGGAUUUAAAAAGUGUUGAUGGGAAACAAGCCGAGGACCGAAGGAAGGAUGCCAAACUUGUUUCCAACUUGAAAAGCACCUUAGAGAGGAAACAUGACCACCUUAGAGAAAUGGAGAGCAGAUAUAAAGAGACUAGUGCAUCUUUGAACAAGGUGAUGGAUCAAAAGGAAGCCAUGGAGAAGUCAUAUAAUGAAGAAAUAAGAAAAAUGCAGCAGAAUGAACAUGAUCAUUUUGAGGAGAUUUCUGUUGAGCAUGAGAAGGUCACGCGGCUACUACUAGCUCAGAGAGAAGAAUUGAAGCAGCGCGAGAAGCAACUGCAGCGACGUGAGGUGCAGAAUGAAAAUGAUCGACUGAAACUUCAUCACGAGAAGAAAAUGAAUGAGAGAGCAACCUUGGAGCAGAAAAGGGCAGAUGAAAGUGUGUUGAGGUUGGCAGAAGAACAAAAGAGGGAAAAGGAGAAACUGCACAAGAAAAUUUUUGAUCUGGAAAAGAAGCUUGAUGCUAAACAAGCACUGGAGUUGGAGAUAGAGUGCAUGAAGAAUUCUUUACAAAUUAUGAAACACAUGGGAGAGGAUGAAGACCUUGAUGUCAAGAAAAAAAUGGAUACAGUUCGAGAAGAAUUGAAAGAGAAGGAGGAAGAACUGGAUGGAUUGGAGCAACUUAAUCAAGCCCUUAUCAUCAAGGAGCGCAAAACUAAUGAUGAAUUGCAGGAUGCUCGCAAAGAGUUAAUAAGUUACUUGGGGCAAUGGACAACCCGUGCUUUUAUUGGUGUUAAGAGAAUGGGAGAUCUUGAUGGCAAACCAUUUCAUGAGGCAAGCAAGAUAAAAUUUUUAGAUGAAGAAGCUGAUGAGAAAGCACUUGAGUUGUGUUCACUAUGGGAAGAUCGUCUUCGAGAUCCGAGCUGGCAUCCAUUCAAGGUCAUCCUUGACAAGGAAGGGAAUAGUAAGGAAAUAAUCAACGAAGAUGAUGAAAAUUUGAGAAGUUUGAAGAGUGAAUUUGGUGAUGAAGUUUUUAAUGCUGUGGUAACAGCAUUAAAGGAAAUGAACGAGUAUAACCCAAGUGGUAGGUACGUAAUAAAAGAGCUAUGGAAUUUCAAAGAGGAAAGGAAGGCAACACUGAGUGAGGGAGUGAUGCACAUAUUAAAGCAGUGGAGACAGCUUAAGAGAAGGAAAACCUGAGGUAUGUAUUAUCACCUUUUACCAGAAAACAUAAAAAUGAAAUUUGCAGUUCGAGUGAAUGCGUUAUUUUUUCUAUUGUUUUUUUAUCACUAUCAUCAAGAACAAUGAUAAACCUAGCAAUUUUGCUUAAUGGUUGGAGGAAUUCAGAGAUAUAAUUUGCCCUUCGUGAUUGGCUGCUUGCUAAUAUGUCAUUCUUGUUGGAUAUGCAUAACUAUCAUUUCUAUAUAUAUAGAUGUCUUGAUGUUGCAUGCUUUCAUUUUGUAUAGGAAUUAACAUACAUUGGAUGUGUAUAAAUGUAAAGAAGAGACCAUGCCAAUAAGCUAAUGCAUGUACCAGUGCCUAGGAGGGUUCAAUUUUUAGCAUGCAUGGUGUGAAUAGGAAUUGUUGAACCUUCCUAGUUCCUAGGCACAAAAAGGCUUGGUCGUACAUGAAAGGAUUGGAUAGCAUUAGUGUAGCUCUUCUUGCUCUAGACAUCACCUGGUCUCUUCUCUCUCUUUCUCUCUCGUGCAGACUUGCAUUUUAUGUCAAAUAAGCUACUCCAUUGCAGUUCUGAAAAAGAAAACCGUGGCUUUUUGUCAGAAUUACAGCCAGAAAGCACUCUUUUGUCAGGCAUUUGGCCCUGUCAGAAUUCACCGGGUUUUUGGUGUAUUUUGGAAUGCAGAUGUGUAUGCAGGAUUCGCGGGUCUCCGCAUUUUGGUGUAUUUUGGAAUGCAGAUGUGUAUGCAGUCACCCUUGAACUUGUACGUGAUACAUAGUUGAUGUUCAAUAUGUCUAUUACUUCAUUGGGAAUCUGGGAUCUUGGCAUUGUUAAGAUUUUAGUGAAGCAUACAGGUUUUUGAAAACUACUUUGUGUGAUCAAAUAUCUUGGAUUUCUUUCUUGUAAGCCAUCUGGAUGUGCUGGAAAUGUGUGAGCUGAUGUUUUUAAAAAAUGACAAUUCUGAUGGUUAA